CAUAGUCUCGGGAUCUUUUGCCGUUCGUUUUAUUUUUAUUACGGCGCCUAAAACUCCUAAAUUCUGACAACACUACUUUAAAAACCAUUCUAAAUUCCAAACUACAUCUUACAAACUGUGUAACGUCAUAUGUACAAUACCGCGCAAAGCAAGUUUCUACCUUUCUAUGUCUGAAUGAAUCGAACGAUGUCGCUAUAUCAUAUAUCCGUAAAAGCAGAGCCUGAUUGGGCUAUACCCGCUGCAGGGAGUAAUAAUUUGGAUCAAAAUGAAAGCCGAAACAGUAUAGAUGAUUGCGCUCAUGUUUCUGACCAAAGAAUUAAAAAGGAGAAUGUAAACUCCAGCAUUGUUCAUAUGAAGCUGGCUGCCGCAGAGUCCAGCUCAAAUGAGCCAGUGGCAGCCGAAGCGCCCGGAGAGCCUCUCCGAGUAUCCACACCUGGCUACCACCGCAGGACCAUCUGGUGCGCUAAAGAGCGUUCAAGCAAUUUCUCCAAACAAGAAUGCCAAUUAUUGCACGGCAUAAUCGACAAAUACAGUGAAAUAAUGUUCAACAAGAAGACGGACUCAGCAACUAAUAUGAAGAAAAAAGCGACUUGGGUUAAGAUUGAGGCAGAGUUUAAUGCGGUGUCGACGAAUAAGAGGACAUUGAGGCAAUUACAGGCGAAGCUGGAUAAUAUGAAAAGGAAUAGAAGAAAGAAAGAACGAUCAGAAGCAAACAGCCUGACGAAAGUCGUCGUUAUACCUCGCUCAGCGACGCCGACGAACAACGACAGCGAGAGCCGUGUCUCGCUGCUCACGACGGAGAACGACUGUCUGAACACAACGGCGAACGACCGUGUCUCGCUGAUCACAACCACAAGCGACUGUGUCUCGCUGAAUACGACGGCGAACGAUUGUGUCUCGCUGAACACAACGGCGAACAACGGUGUCUCGCUGAACACAACAGCGAACAACUGUGUCUCGCCAGAAGAGUUCGCUGAUGUAGACGAACAGCCUUUUAACGUGAUAUUCAAAGCCAUGACACCAUUAUCGCCCAAGCUCGCUCGCUCGGUGUUCGCCAGCGAAUACCGGCUCUUGCGGGAUGUAUGA